AUGCUGUGUCCCGGGCCAAGGCUUGGCCAGUGCAGCACGAUAGUGAUGUGGCAGCAGGAGGGCGGACCGGCAGCCAGAGGGCUGCUAGGCCCACUCAGCUUGAGCCUCACAGUGCAGCUAAAGCUCACCAACGUGCUGGCCCAGGUCAGCACCAUGCAGGGACCUGGCUACGGAUCGUGGGCUGCAGGGUCUCAGAGUAUGGCGGGUAUAGGGUCUUGGGCCCUGUGGAAUACAAACGUGGUGGUUUGUCUGUGCCUUUUCCCUUACAGUGCCAUACAGCUCGCUGCUUACCACAAAUUCAUUGUACUCUCCAUGGGUGACCUAGGCCAUAUGUCUCAGUGGAGAGACAUCAUGGCAGGAAGUCUAGCAGGAAUAGUUUCCAGCACUGUGAUGUACCCUAUCCUCAUCAAAACCUGCUUAAUUAUGCAGAACAUGCUGGAACCAUUUUUCAGGGGGAUCCUCCAUGCUUUUUGUACUGUUUAUCAACAGGAAGGACUCCUGGCCCUUUAACGAGGGGAUUCCCUUACAGUUUUAGGUGCUCUCCCUUUCUCUGCGGGCUCUCUUCUUGUUUACUCAAGCCUGGAGAAUAUUUGGAAUGUGCCCCGAGAUCACUUCCGUCUCCUGCAGAACUUGGCCAAUUUCUAUCUGGCUGCUGCAGUGAUCCAGACUCUCUCCUCUCCCUUUGAUACAGUGAAGAGGAAGAUAUAGACUCAUAACCCCUACCUUCCCCCCUGUGGAGGAGUACCUGUCCAUUUUUCAGAAGCCGUGGAGUGCUUCCUGCAGAGAGUUAAGUUCCAGAGGGUACUGGGACUCUGGAAUGGAUUGGCAGCCAACUUUCUGAUGAAGAUAAUUCUGUAUUUUGGAAUUAUGUUUGGCACCUUUGAGUUCUUCAAGAGAAUCUGUCUUUACCAAAAUGGUUAACUGUCUCCUCUGAGCUGUAAAUUUACCCCAGGGAUGGAUCAGAGUUUGAAGACCCAGGAAUUAAGGGAAUGAAAGAAGUUCUUCAAAACUAGAAAACUAAUGUCUAGGACACCAACUCUUGAAAACUGA